AUGGCGAAUCAUCACAGCUUCUUGCGAGAACCCAAAUCCGCCGCGGCGAACGCCAACAUGGCUGCCGAACACUCCCAGCAGUUUCGCGUCCCCUUCGCUAAGAACUUCUCUUUCACCAUCCCCGACAAAUGGAUUCCCAACAAUCCCUCUGUCGUCCGUUGGAUCAACAACCUUCCUGGCUCCGUGGAGCGUGAGCAGCCCUUGGAGCCUGCCCGUUACUCGACUCCAAAGCACUCUUUGGACGUCAUCUUUGGUGAUGAAGAAUCCGAAAAGGACGAACAUCGUGCCAAGCGAGCGCGACGGAGUUCAGUUCUGAGCAUCCAGCCUAGCAUCCAGAAGAUUCGCCAGCACACCGCUAACAAUGGCCUGGUGCGCCGUGUCUCUAACGUGUGCCGUCGCGUCGUAUCUCGGAACAAGAAUCGAGACACCUCGACUGGAUUCACGAUCAGUGACACGCCCUCGCCUUCCACCCCCAUCUCUCUGAACCGGCCACGAAUGAGAUUCGUUUUCGUCGGAGAGUCGGGAUGUGGAAAGUCCAGCAUGUUACUCCGAUACUAUCAAGACUUCUUCAGCCUGGCCUAUGUCAAAACUCAGUAUAAGUUAUUCAGCAAGACGACCACGGUUGAUGAGCAGGACGUCGAUCUCGAGAUCUGGGACACCUCCGGCGACCUGUCGCUCCACCAGCUGCAGAACCUGUCCUACCUGGUCUGGGACGCCGUGUUCCUCUGCUUCAGUGUUGACAGCCCCACACGUUGGGAGCAGGUCCAAGAAAUGUGGGUUGACGAGAUCCACAAAUUCUGCCGCGGCGCUCCCGUCAUCCUCCUGGGCCUGAAGAAGGACACGCGCCGUGGUAUCGGCAUGACAAGACCCCUAUCCCUACAUUUGCAAUCUCGUCUCUGUACCUCGGAGAACUCAAACAACUCAACAGUCUCGCGCGGAAUGCAGUACAUCGAGUGCUCAGCCAAGACCGGCGAGAACGUCGACCUCGCGUUCGAAGAAGCCGUGCGAAUGGUUCUCGCCGAGCGCGCCGAGGAAGAACAGCUCGCGCGCAUCCGGGAGCUGAGCCUGUCCGACCAUAGCAGCAGCAGCUUCAAUUACCGCUGCGACAACAGCUACAGCCCACCGGAUAGCAGUGACGAUGACUAUGAUGAGGAGGAGGAGGAGCGCGAGUUGAAUCGCCGUGCGUCGUCGUUGUUUUGCUUCAAGUAG